AUGGCCAGCGACGGGGCCAGGAAGCAGUUCUGGAAGCGCGGCAGCAGCAAGGUCCCGGGCAGCAUCCAGCACGUGUACGGCGCUCAGCACCCGCCCUUCGAUCCCCUGGUCCACGGCACCUUGCUCAAGGCCACGCCCAAGGCGCCCACCACGCCGGUCAAGGCCAAGCGAGUCAGCACCUUCCAGGAGUUUGAGAGCAACACCAGCGACGCCUGGGACACCGGCGAAGACGAUGACGAGCUCCUGGCCAUGGCGGCUGAGAGCCUCAACACCGCGGUCGUCAUGGAGACGGCCCACCGAGUCCUGCGCAACCACAGCCAGCGGCAGGCGUGCCCCCAGCCACCCGGGGCCCCGGAGCCCUCGGUGGAGCCCUUGGCGGAGGCCCCCGGCGGUGACCUGCGGCUGGUGAAGUCCGUCAGCGAGAGCCACGCGGCCUGUCCUGGAGGAAGCGGCAGCGACGCCGUUCCUCUGCAGAGGUCCCGGUCUCUCCCGCACGCGGCCACGGUGGCACUGGGCGGGGCGCCCGAACCCAGCGCCCUCAGCAGCUCGGCCUUAAGUGAAAGAGAGGCCUCUCGGCUGGACAAGUUCAAGCACCUGCUUGCGGGCCCCAACACAGACCUUGGUGAGUCCCCCUUGUGA